AACUCAGCCGCAUGAUGUAUAAGCUCAACCUCUUCGUGUCUUUUUUGCUCUUCUGGCAAUUUGCCAAUUCUAUGUUUACAUUCAACAGUACGACUAAGUUUCAUAACUCGGAAAUUUUAGUCAACGAGCUUAAUCUAAUUGUCAAAUCCGCUGAGCGAGCUACAAACUUUCCAAUACAAAUUGGCAGCAAAUUUUAUUUCGUGGAGACAGAAGGGAAAUUAAAUUGGUUUGAAGCUGCUAACAAAUGUCGUGAGCUAGGAGGCUACUUGGUGAAUAUUGAGAGCAGUGAGGAAAUGGACGCACUCAUAUCCCUUUUACCAACGGGGAAACAAUACUAUUGGACAUCUGCACAUUGCCUGGCAGGAAAUAGGAAGUUUAUAUCGGUAACGACUGGAGAGCCGAUGCCUUAUAUGAGAUGGCAUGAUGCUCAGCCAGACAACCAAGGAGAGCAUGAAAACUGCGUGGAGCUCAACUCUGCGGAAGCGACAAAUGGCUUUGCUUUGAAUGAUUUUCCAUGUAAGAGCAUACAAAAGUACAUAUGCCAAGCUAAAACUGUAUAAGAGCUGAGAACAAGAAUUUAUAAAGUCUAGAUUACGCAUAAGUACAAUAAAUUAGUGAUAUUUUUAAAAGCUUUGCCAUCAUUAUAAUACUUU